AUGGGUUCUGAAACAAAUCCACAGAUUCAUCACAUAGUCAACAUCCCAGAAAUGAUUGAACCAAUGUUACAUGAACAAUGUUGCAUUUACAAGGUUCCUAAUCAUCUUCACAAGUUGAAUGAAGAAUCCUUUACUCCAAAGUUCAUCUCAAUAGGUCCAUUUCACACUCACAAUCCAGACCUAAAUCAAGAGAAACAGAAACAAAGGUACUUUCAUGCAUUUUGGAAACGCUUAUCAAACAAACAAGGUUUAGCUUUGGUUCAAUAUAAGGCUUUUCUUGAAGAAAAUAAAGACAGUAUUGCUAAAAGUUAUUCUAAGCAUGAUGUUUGUGUUUUGGAGAACUUUGUGGAAAUGAUUUUGUUAGAUUCAGUUUUCAUUAUGGAGUUGUUUUUGAGGAAAGGUAAUGAAUCUGAACGGAAGAAUGAUUUCAUGUUUAUGACUUCAUGGAUUUAUAGAAUCACACAAAGGGAUUUGUUGUUGCUUGAAAAUCAGAUUCCUAUGUUUGUUUUGGAGGAAUUACACAAAAGGGUUUUAGGUGGAAAUUCUGUUGCUUUUAUUCAACUUGCUUUUAACUACUUUGAAGAUUAUUAUCCUCAGAAGUUAAGGUUAAAAGACGAGAUGAUACGCAAUUGUGAAUCUUGCAAACAUUUCACUGAUUUGAUUCGAUAUAGUUAUCUUCCAAGAGAGAUUCAAGAAAAGGGUGUCAUUCAAUCGGAAAAUUUCACUAAAUUUUCGUCGGAAUAUGUACUUAGGACCGCGACGAAGUUGAAUGAAGCGGGAAUUAGCUUUGAGAAAGUUCAAGGUAGAAGCUAUUGUGACAUUAAGUUUAAGAAAACACCAAUCUUGAACUGGUUUUUGUGCUUAGGUUGUUUACCAUGUUUCAAAUUUGUGGAAUCUAAGUUACAGAUCCCACAUUUGAAAGUAGAUCAAUCGACGGAAUGUGUUUUAAGGAACCUAAUCGCGUUCGAGCAAUGUCAUUAUUCGAACCAACCUUUUGUGUGCAACUAUGUUUCUUUGAUCGAUUCUUUGAUUCAUACACAUGAAGAUGUUGAGUUGUUGGUUGACACGGAAAUCAUUAGCCAUGAACUCGGGAGUCACGCGGAAUUGGCGACUUUGGUUAAUUGUCUUUGCAGAUAUGUCGUGGUGACAUCAAAUUGUUAUGGUGAAAUGGUGAAGGAACUGAAUGAACAUUAUAAUAAUGUUUGGAAACAUUAUAUGGGAAUGUUGAGAUCAGUUUAUUUUCGUGAUCCUUGGAGACUUAGUUCAACCGUUGUUGGAAUUUCAAUUUUCUUGUUUGCUUUUGUCAAUUUUCUUAAAGUUAUUGGUGUGUUUAGUCCUAAAUACUGA